AGUUCACCUGUGCCCAACCUGUUUAUCUCCACUGCGCCUCCGACUCGUCACUUCAGGAACUAUUUAAAUCCUCGUCGUUUACACCGCAAAUCAGUCUUUUCUACAGAUUUCACACAGCAAACGCUCAGUUUUAUUUGCUUUGAGUUUGUUUUCUGUUCGUGAUUUAACUCGCAGAGUUUUGUGGACUUCGAUCCAGCCUGCCAUCUAAACGGGAUAAAGCUGAUUCCACCCUCCCCCGGGACAAGAUGAACAUUACUUUGAAGUCAAUGGAUCCAUCAACCGAAAAUAAUUCUAUUGUUCACCUGGCUGCACCAAUCCUCCCAGACAAGUCCCACAUCUCCAAUAUGACCAUUAUUCGAACAAGCAACGGGACAAUCAUCGAAGACCAGAUGUUUUUAAACACGCUGGCUGCACAGGCCCUCUCGGGGAUAUUCGUCUGGACCGCCUUGCUCAUAACAUGCCACCAGAUCUAUACUCACCUUCGAUCCUACACUGUCCCCAACGAGCAGCGCUACAUCAUCCGCAUCCUGUUUAUCGUGCCAGUUUAUGCCUUUGAUUCUUGGCUCAGCCUGCUCUUUAUCAGCAACGACCAGUACUAUGUCUACUUUGAUUCUGUUCGAGACUGCUACGAAGCGUUUGUCAUUUACAACUUCCUGAGCCUGUCCUUUGAGUAUCUGGGAGGAGAGAGUGGAAUCAUGUCAGAGAUCCGAGGGAAGCCCAUAGAGUCAAGUUGUCUGUAUGGUACUUGCUGUCUCGGUGGAAUGAGCUACUCCAUCGGCUUCUUAAGAUUCUGCAAACAGGCGACUCUCCAGUUCUGCGUUGUCAAACCCAUCAUGGCAGUCAUCACCAUCGUCCUGCAGGCCUUUGGCAAAUAUCAUGAUGGAGACUUUAACAUAAAUGGAGGAUACCUAUACAUCAGCAUCAUCUACAACUUCUCAGUCAGCCUGGCUCUCUACGCUCUCUUCCUCUUCUUCUUCGCAACAAGUGACCUGCUCAGGCCGUACGGACCAGUGCUGAAAUUCCUCACAAUCAAAUCUGUCAUCUUCUUAUCGUUCUGGCAAGGAAUGGUCCUCGCCAUCCUGGAGCGCUGCGGUGUCAUACCCAACGCGCUGUUCAUCGAUGGACAAGAGGUCGGCGCCGGCACCGUCGCAGCGGGCUGGCAGAACUUUAUCAUCUGCAUCGAAAUGUUCUUUGCUGCUAUUGCCCUCCGAUACGCCUUCACCUGCACCGUCUACCAGGAGAAAAAUAAUGAUGUGCCAGAAAACACCCCUCCUAUGCACAGCAUCUCCAGCGGUCUGAAGGAGACCAUGAACCCCGGAGACAUGGUCCAGGAUGCGAUCCACAACUUCUCCCCAGCCUACCAGCAGUACACCCAGCAGUCCACACAGGAGGUGGUCCAGCCCAGCACUAACGGAAAAGUGGCCGCAGGCAACAAGAGCUCCCGCAAGUCUGACAAAAUCAUGCUGAUCACCUCUGAUGAUGAGUUAUAGGCAUUUUUUCUUGCAAGAUCCAGGUGUUUGGGUCCUUGCCGCCCCUUUCUCUGACCCCCUGGGGAAACAGCUGUAUUGCACAUUGCACAGAGCUGGAUUGAAUCCAGGUGUUUAAUUUUUAUUAUCCCAGUAUUUAAUAUGGACUGCUUGCUUCUGUCCUGUUCUAAUUAAUAAUUUAAGCACCAAGAAGAGGAUAAAAUUAAUAGUAAUUUUUAAAAUUGAUAGCUCAAUGACCAGUGAACUGACCUGUCUUCACCUCGGUAGUAAUAAUCUCAGGAAAAUGACAUGUCACCUUCACGGUAUUGGAGACAUCUGGAGCUGUGCAUUUUUUUUUUUUUUUUUUUUUUUUUAAAUCAAGCUGCUGGAUGUUCAACAGCGUCCCUGAUCCUGAUUCUGUUUCUUUCAUUGUGUCAGUGCUCUUUCUCUGGCCGUCUGAAGUGCGUUCCCUCUGAUUCAUGUCAGUUUCAAAGAGGAAAUGAUUAAUAUGUGACUCCAGGAGCGAAGCAGGGAAGCCAGCGAUGGCUGGGAAUGACACUUUAUGGACCGUCUCUCGCAUCUGCUUGUUUGAAGAAUUUGCUGAGCAUUCCUCUGCAUGGUUUCCUGACAAAUGGAAAGAUUUGUUCGGAGACGCAUUCGUUUUGGAGCAGGCACUUCAAACUGCAGACGGUAGCACUUCGCAAUCCUUUGUAUUUACCGUAGCGUGGACAAAUUGGAUAAACCUGUCUCCUCCAAAGUGGGAGUUGUAUUCAUCUCAUUCAUUUUCCCAGCAUGUUAAAGAGUUUAAUUCAGUGCAACUAGACAGCCGUUCAACUGACGCUAACAAUUAGUCUUUUGUAGCUUCUGCACUAUUGUACAUGCGUUUGGCAGAAUCUUUUUUGUUUGACGUGUUCACAUCACUAUUCAUGUUAUAAUUCCAUGUUCCAGGGAUUAUGAAAUAUACACAGAAUUUGAUUGCUGUAAAUUGUGGUAAUUAAUGUUCUGUUCUGUUUAUGUAAAAAGAUAACUCUGUUUGGAUUAUGAAUUUUGAAUAUUUUAAUGUAAUUAAUGUGUGUAGUUCCUGCAUAUUCAGAAAAAAACUAAUUCUGUGUGGAGGAAAAGUAAUGCAGCAAAUCUGUGUGGGUUGAGAGAAUUUCUAGUUUCUUCUCCCACUUAGUUUUUCUAUAGAAAUGUUAUCUGUAUUUAUGUCACAUGGGAGACAUCUAGCUUUUCUAGGACAUUAUUGGAGACCACUUUUGUUUAUGGAGUCAGGUUGUUUUAAUUUUCAUACCUUCUUGUGCCAAUUAUGUAUGCAUUUCUGGUAAAGCAGAAAUCAAUUGACUUGGGUACAAAGAUAUAAUUGACUUAUGUGUCUUAGUCCUGUUUUUGUUUGUGUAACUUGAACUGAGUAAUUCUGCACUUCUCAUGAGGAAAAAAAGCUUUAUUUGAAGGUACAAAAACAGACACAGCAGACUCAUUUAUAUGAAUAAUUUACCAUACUUUAAAUCAGCGCAGAAACAAAUACAGACUUUAUUUGUACAUGAGGGUAGUUCAUUGAAAAAACAUGUAAAUAAAUGAAUGUAAAAUAAAAAUAAUUUAGGUGUUUUUUUUUAAUAAAAUUACACAAUUCAAUGAAAUAAAUAUAAAAUAUAUAUGAGCAGAGUAAUAACUUUGUUAUGGGUACAUACUCGGGUAAUGCUGCCUUAUUACUGUCCUCGUUUGGCCUCAACAUGUUUUAAACUAAAACAAGGAAAUCCAUUAACAUCUGAAAUACAAAUUUAACAUAGAAACCGCUUAUGUUAAACUAACAUGUUUUUUCACCCACAACCCUAUUAUCCAUAUACAUGCUUUUAUUAUGGAGCUUCUUCUGAAUGUAUAGGUAAAACAUCUUCAAUCUAGAGUACUACAACUGACUUUCUACAUGUCUAAAGUUAAAUACUGUAGCUUGUUGGACUGGCAAAGCUUGUGUGUGACAGCUUAUUUAAUCAAAGACAUGUUUUCAGGACAAUUUUUUUUUUCAAUUAACACCUUGAAUACAUAGACAAGAUGCACAAGAAACCUAAUUUCCAUACAUACAUUUGCAUUGUUAUGGUUCAUAAAAGUGUAAAAUAACCACUGAUAUCUUUAAACAGUUUCAUUACAGCUCCUUGGUAUUCUAUAACAAGCUGCAGUCGCUUCAACUGUAUGAAGAAAGACGCAUCCAUGGCAGGUAAUGUUCUACAUCUUCUCACCCAUAUACUUUGUCUACAUCUUUGUACUACGCUCACUAAAAUUAUUUACAGUUCUGCUUUUAUUUUAGCAAAAAAGUGGCUUGUAGAAAAUGUAAAUUAUUAAAAUAAUUGCUUGUGUUAAGCUAGCCUAAGAGCAAUAAGUAUCUGAGAGCUUGAAUAGACCUGUGCUGGGUCACACUGGAUGAAGGGUUAACAACAAAGAACUUAAUUCACCUGGAGAGAGGUUUUGUCUUUUUAUCAUGGCACAGUACAGAAAUGUAUAAUUCUAACUGUUUUUAUUUAAAAUUUUAAGAUUUAAGAAAAAAUGUGCUCAAAUUAAACAAUGCCUCAUUUUACAGCAUUAUGUUUUGAAACUUUACCACAAGAGGUCACUGUAACGCUGGUCACAAAACAAGUCAAUUUACCCACGUAAAUUGACUUGUUUAAACAUGUCAUUUGUAAUUUUAUAUACUGUAUAUAUAUGCUUCUCAAUCUUGACACAAAGAAGUCUUGGUGGACAAUCUUUAGCAGCUUUGGAAUUAUUUUCCGGUAAGGCUUGUGAGAGGUUACAAGAGCGUUACCAUCAUCAUCAUUUGAAACUGUCAACUAAAUCAAUUGGCAUUUUCAGAAUAUAGAAUAUAGAGUACAUUGUCCUUAUUGUCAGAACAACAGACUAGGCUUACAUGCAGGUUCCAAAAUAUUUAUUUAUUUUUCUCUGAACAAAUAUUCCAAUGAGGCCCAACUGAGAAUUGAACAUUUGGUCAAUACUGGGUACCAAUCUGCUCUUGUGUUGAAUUAUGUAUAAUUUAUUCAAAUGUUUGAGGUCAUUGAUUUGCGUAAGUAAUACAUUUCCAGCUAAAUUAUCCAGAAAUUGUGUAGAAUUUGUUGCCUUUAAAAUUCCUUUUGCAUAGAUAAUUUGAUUUCGAACCUCACAUUACUACAUUUUACUUAGUAUUGUUUAUAACAGUAUACUUACAGAUUUAGAAGUUAUGAAGUAAAAUUACUUUACCAACAAUGAGAACUUGCAGUCAGAAUGUAAUUUCCCCAUUUUUAAACAGUUCAUUCUUGAUUUAUCUUGACAGAUAAUUAGCUGCAGUCUGUAUGUAACUCUAGUCACAGUCUGUACUUUGACAACCAGACAAAUAGAAUUUAAUGUUCUGAAAAUAGUUUUCUCUUUGUAAAUGUGAAUAAAACUUUUUCAGAAAAAGGUCAGCAUCAACGUAGAUUGACUGAUUAAGAAUGAUUACAUAAUCACACCACUCCCAGGAUAGUUGAAGACAUAAAUAUAGAAAAAUCUGUAAUAUAUAUAUAUAUGUAUAUAUUUAUACUGUAUAUGCAUACAAAACUAAGUGUCAGAAAAAGAACAUAGGAUGUUUCAACAUAGAAACCAAGUGAAAAUAAAAAAAGUAAGAACACAGCAUUGCCCCUGCUUAAAAAUCACAGCAGGUUGUACAGCAGCAAAGUUCCCCGUACUGUUCAUUGCAGCUAUGGAACAGGGGAAAAACUCAUGUCCUCUUAGCCAAGAGAAAAUCCUGACAUGAACAAUCUCUAUUGACUUCACUCCAAAUUAGGAAUGGAACCUCAGUAAGAACGGCUUGAUUUCAAGUGAAUUUCAUAUUUAGAUAAAUCUCAAAACGUACAACAGGAGGAAGGUGUUUACUGCAUUUAGUUGUCGUGACACCACUGUUUCUAGAGAUGGGCGUCAGGAGUUCUCUUGCAGAAGAGUGUGUCAAAAGCAAGGUUAAUGGCUACUGUUUCAGAGUGACCAACACCAGCAGCAGCACUUCUCGUGACCCAGAAGUAGGAAUGAUUUCUAUUUGGACGGAGUUCUCAAUGUAAAGUGACAACGGAGGCAAUGGGAGCUUUAUUAUUUUGCUAGUCUGUAAUAUACAGGAAGUGAGUUAAAUUGCAUUUCACUUUUAAGGACCACUCAUAUUAUCACUAUAUCCAAUAUGGAUUACCUACCAAAGAGUGGCGUUUAAAGGAAAGAGGCAAAACAGAAUCCAGUAAGUGCUGUGGCAUACGUAUCGGAGAGGUCAUGAGGCUUGACCUUGCAGUAGGUGGUCACACCACCUUUUAAUCAUCAUGCAAUUAAGCCCAGCUGACUUGAGAAAUGCAAAAAUGGCUUCUAUCGGCCAUCUCUAAUUCUAGGAAUCAGUUGCCCUAUAAAUCGUUUUCUUUUAUACUGCAUCUUAACAGUUCCUUUUUAAGUGCUCUAAAAUGAUAGAAGCUGGGCAAUGUGAAAUCUUCUGAAUCCGAACAAAUGCUCAUUAAUCUUUUCCUAAUCCUACAUUGUACGCUUCCCAAAUCUGCCUUUAUAAUCAAACAGUAUUUCCUAUUUGUAGACAACAAGUAUUCACCUCUUUUUUGCAUUUAAAAAAAUAUUCGAGCAGAAGUCAAAGGGCCACAAAGAUACCAACAGAAUCACUUUCAGCACCUGUCCAACCACCUCCGAUGUCUUAAACCACAUAGCUAACUGUACACUUUUCAGCCCCUCUGACAAAUCCAACAAUUUCUCAAGCGUUGCAUUGCGUUGAAUGAGCUCUAACGAAGGUACGGUAUCAGAUAUGCCUCUUCAGAAGCUGAGUUACCUGAUGAGGACACCCUCUAGAUGUGAGACCUUUUUUUUUAAUUCUUGUUUUUUGUUAAUGCAGUUGCCAAUAGAAGACACAAAAAGAAAAAUGGCACAAAUGGCCAUCUUUUAUGAUAUUCCACAAGUCCAGCAAAGGCUUGCGUAAAAAAAUUGGCCGUGAAACUUUUCAAACGCGUUACUUCAAAACUCCUAAAAUAGGCCGAGACAGACGACAGAAAUAUAAACAACAGCACAUCACGAGUAGAGGCCUUUAGUUGAACGUUGGUCAGUCAUCAAAAUGCACAAUGCAGUGCUCUCCAAAACGGACCACAGAGAGCUUAGUGUGGGCAGGUUUGAAGUCCAAAUCAAACACUACAACAAGUGAUUUUACUGCUUAGCAUCGUCCAACAGAGAAGAGGAGCUAAUCAGUGAAAACAUCUGUUGUGUUUGGCUGUCUCUUAAAAUGCAACUGGUCGGAGACUGCUGGCAACUGUAGCUACAAAGAGGUGUCCAACUGACCUCGAAGCUGGAACAAUAAAUCCUCUUUGUGUUGAACUACAUGUAAAUAUUCAAUACAAAUCUAUAUUGAUCACUUAUAGAUCGUUUUAAGGCAACUGCUUCAAAGGCUCGAUUUACAAUGACCCCUUGUACAUAGAGAAAAAUGUAAUUUGGCAUAGGCUUUACUGUCACAUACGUGCUACUAAACUUCUAAAGUUUUAUGCUUAAUAGCAGUUCUGAGCCAAUGCUGC